AUGUUUAGGAAAACUACCACUAAACAUUCAGAAUAUGCCAUCGUCAAUGUAGCGCUGUUGACACAGGUUCUUUUCAGAUUCGGAAGCCUGAUAUCAGCGGUGGGAUGUGCGUGUAACCUGCUGUUGUUGUUUCUCUUCUUGAUGAAGAGCUUCAGCAAUCCUGCUCAAACCUUCCUUGCAUUCCUCGACUUUAUGCUCUGUUUCUUGUUUAUUGCAUGCUUCGGUGCACUUUCGCUCUCCGUCACUUUCAGAAUAGAAUGGCUCUACACGCUGAUCAAGAAUAAUAAUGUUUACAUGCUGAUCGUAAGUCGGAUUGUUCAGCUGUGCAUCCCAUAUACUUUGAUUGCCAAUACCGCGUUCCGACUGGCUUCUAUAAAUCAGCGAUCGCGACCAGUAAAACAGAGUGGAAAUCUACGAAUAACUGUGUUUAUUAUUGCAACCACAGCAGUGUUACUGCGACUACCCGGCUAUUUCUUCAUUGAAGUGGUGGAGCUUCCUCAUUGUGAUUUUUUUGAAAGUCGUGUUUUAUCCGGGAAAGUUAUGGAUCCAUUAGUAGCGAAGAUGUACACCAUAAGUGACGUUAUUAUACAGUUUCUUCACCUUUUCGUCUCCUUUAUUAUACUUUGCGUGCUGAACUGUAUCGUGGUGCGAAAAAUGAGGACUACGUAUGAUCGUGCAAGAUCGCAAUCACUAUGUCCGGACUCCUAUAUGGUUAGUUUUGUAUAUGGUCAUUUUAAAAGCGAGAGAGGGAUAACUCAAGGUGCUUCAAAGUGCAGCAAAGUCCCUCUUGUUUAG